AUGUUCCAGCAACAAACAGAUCCUAUCUAUAGUCAAAUUUAUACUAACAUUGUUAGUUGCAAUUACGGAUCUUAUCAGAACAAUGUGCUUCAGCAAAUAUAUCUGUUCAUGAAACAGUACACCAACUUCAAAGUCUCUUUGACAAGUAUGAAGUAUGAUAAUGGUGUUCAGGUAAACUGAAUCUGUCUGACUGGAGCAGUUGGAAUCAAUUAUCAAUCAAAACAAUACUCGAUUCCUUUAAAUAUUGUUCUCCCUGUUGGCUAUCCCAGCACAGCUCCAAAAGUAUACCUCGCUUAUAAGCUAAGUGCAGAGUCUGCUGAAGGAAAUCCCUUAAUUAAAGGAGGUUCUGAAGUAAUGAAUAAUUAUCUUCACAAAUGGGUAGGUAAUAAUGCAACAUAUACUCUUGGAGGUCUCUGAUAUAACCUUUCGAAAUCUUUUGAGCUAUACCCUCCUCUCGAUAAUGUUAAGCCAAAAGGUAUUAUGGACACAAUAGGAAGUGCUGCUUCGUCUGUUGUAAACUCAGUAAAAUCAACCGUACACAACGUGACCGCUCCUCCCGCAUCUAAAGCUCCUCUUGAAACUACUCAUUCAGUCGAAACAACCUCUACAGUCAAGUCUCCUCCUCCCCCUGUUCAAAAGACUCCUGAAAUGCUUGAAAAAGAAGAACUCGUCGCUCAAGCGACUCAAAAACUCCUCUCCUACAAAGAACUCUCCAGCGCUCUCCCUGGCGGCAACAACACAGACCCUGUCUCCGCCAUAAUCGCCAAUGCAAAGAUCGAGCUGGGCGAGAACAGCACUAAACUCCAAAAACAAACCCUGAUGCUUGAAAAUGAAAUCCAAGAAGUUAAGACCCACAAUGCAGAGAUCAAGGAAUUUAUCUCUAAAAAUGCCGGAAAAGAAGUGACCAAAGAUAAUAUUGAUGAUUUCGUGGAUGUCAAGGAGGAAGACCACAAGAGCAUCCUAGAUGAAGUAAAGAUUAAAGAAGGCGCACUAGAAGAUACUUUAGCUCAGUGCAAGAAGUUAUACAGAAAGAAAACCAUUGAUUUAAGCACUUAUCUAGAGACAGUAAGAGAACUAUCAGAAGAGCAGUUCCUGAAUUUGGCAAUGAGGGAGAAAAUCCUUGCUCUUAUGACUACAAUUCACAGACCAUAAAUUCCUUCUGCAUAGUAUUGUGACUCUU